UUUAAAAAAAUGGACGGCCUUCUAUUGCUUCAACAAGUUCUGGUUGUUUCCUUUUGUGUUGUAUUCUUUUGGAAGCUCACAAAAUACAUGUGGAGCUUCUUGAAUGUUGAGAAGGAACCAGUUAUAAUAUUGGUUACUGGUGCAGCAGGGCAAAUAGGUUAUGCUAUUGUUUCGAUGAUCGCGAGGGGGGCCAUGCUAGGCCCUGAUCAGCCUGUGAUCCUGCACCUGCUUGAUAUUGAACCUGCUGCUGAAGCCUUGAAAGGGGUGAAAAUGGAGCUCAUCGACGCCGCCUUCCCUCUUCUUAAAGGUGUUGUUGCUACUACCGAUGUGGUAGAAGCAUGCCAAGAUGUCAAUAUUGCUGUCAUGAUUGGCGGGUUCCCACGAAAUGAAGGCAUGGAAAGAAAGGAUGUGAUGUCCAAAAAUGUAUCGAUUUACAAGGCACAAGCUUCAGCACUAGAAAAACAUGCUGCUCCAGAUUGCAAGGUUUUAGUGGUUGCCAAUCCAGCAAACACCAAUGCACUCAUCUUGAAAGAAUUUGCUCCUUCAAUCCCGGAGAAAAACAUCACAUGUCUCACAAGGCUAGAUCACAACCGAGCAUUAGGACAAAUCUCCGAGAGGCUAGAUGUUCAUGUUGGUAAUGUGAAGAAUGUUAUCAUCUGGGGCAACCAUUCUUCUACUCAGUAUCCCGAUGUCAAUCACGCAACCGUCGCGACUUGCGACGGGGAGAAAUCUGUCAGAGAACUUGUAGCUGAUGACCAUUGGUUGAAAACCGAGUUCAUCACCACUGUUCAGCAGAGAGGCGCAGCCAUUAUAAAGGCUCGGAAGCUGUCAAGUGCAUUAUCUGCCGCAAGUUCUGCUUGUGAUCAUAUACGUGAUUGGGUCCUUGGAACUCCUAAGGGAACAUGGGUUUCAAUGGGUGUACAUUCUGAUGGUUCUUAUGGGGUACCACCAGGCAUUGUUUACUCGUUUCCUGUUACAUGUGAGAAAGGAGAGUGGUCCAUUGUCCAAGGGUUGAAGAUUGAUGAAUUUUCAAGGGCAAAGUUGGAUGCAACUGCACAAGAGCUAAUUGAGGAGAAGUCAUUAGCCUAUUCAUGUCUCAAUUGAUGUGUGAAUUUGUGAUUUCCUUGGAGUGUAAUAAAGGGGCCUAAAUGAAUGCAUGGAUAAUAAGAAAAUAGGGUU